ACGGGUUUGUCCUCUUACUGGAAAUCUGUCUCUCAGUCUUUCACUUUGGUUCCUGGGUUUGAGGUGGAGGUUUAGCUGAGAGGCUGUUUUGUUUUUAAAUUGUCUUUUGGACUGUUGUCUGGGUUUUUGUCUCUUCUGUUGCUGAUAAUCAGGUGUGGACUCUACUAUGGAUCAGUGUGAGGACACAGAGGAGGGACCCCCAAAAACUGGUCUGUGUGGGGACCAUGAGAUACAGAUCAAAGAUCAGAGACUACAGGAGGACAGAGCGCAGUUUGAUGGACCUGAACCUGAACCUGAACCCAGCUGUGUGUCCAUGAAGAGUGACCGGUCCAUGAUAUGUCUUCCUGAUUUCAAAGGACAACAACCCUCUGCUGGAAAGAAACCACAGCAGGACACAGCGCCCUCUGCUGGACCUGAACCUGAACCCAGCUUGGUGUCUCUGAAGAGUGACAGGUCUAUGAGACGUCUCGAUGAUUUCAAAGGACAACGAGCGUCUGCUGGACAGAAACCACAGCAGGCCACAGCGCCCUCUGCUGGACCUGAACCUGAACCCAGCUUGGUGUCUCUGAAGAGUGACAGGUCUAUGUUCCAUCUCCUUGAUUUCAAAGGACAACGAGUGUCUGCUGGACAGAAAGUGAAGCAGCAGAGCUCAGAGGUUCUCAGGGUUCCAUCUGCUCAGCAGCAUCAAACACACCUGAACCACAAGUUUCUGAAUUUCGAGGAGAACAUGUUGAUGUUUGUUAAAAAUGAGCUGAAGAGCAUCCAGAAGGUUCUCCUGACAGAUGAUGCAGAAUACUUGGAGAGUCAGAGUGAGGAUGAGGAGCAGAGGAGCAGCAGACUGGUUUUCCUGGACCUCACAGUGACCUUGAUGAGGUCAAUGAAUUAUGAUGAGCUGGCUGACUGUCUGCUGAGCAGAACUCGUGCUGAAGUUUGUCGUCGUAAAUUCAAAUCUAACAUGAAGCAGAAGUUUGAGCGUGUGUUUGAGGGGAUCUCUAAAGCAGGAAAGACGACUCUUCUGAAGGAGAUCUACACAGAGCUCUACAUCACAGAGGGCGGGGCUUCAGAGGUCAACGAGGAACAUGAGGUCAGACAGAUUGAAGCAGCAUCCAGGAAAACAGACACACAACAAAGAACAAUCACAUGUGAAGACAUCUUUAAAGUCUCAGCUGACACACAGCCACCAAUCAGAACAGUGCUGACAAAGGGCGUGGCCGGCAUCGGGAAAACAGUCUUAACACAGAAGUUGACUCUGGACUGGGCUGAAGGACGAACCAACCAGGACGUCCACUUCAUAUUUCCAUUCACUUUUAGAGAGCUGAAUGUGCUGAAAGAGAAGAAGUUCAGCUUGGUGGAACUUGUUCAUCACUUCUUUCCUGAAAUCAAAGAAGCAGGAAUCUGCAGCUUCCAACACUUCCAGGUCUUGAUCAUCUUGGACGGUCUGGAUGAGUGUCGCCUCCCUCUGGACUUCCACAGCAAUGUCAUCCUGACUGAUGUCUCAGAGUCGGGGUCAGUGGAUGUUCUGCUGACAAACCUCAUCAGGAGGAACCUGUUUCCCUCUGCUCACCUCUGGAUCACCACACGACCUGCAGCAGCCAAUCAGAUCCCUCCUGAGUGUGUGGACAUGGUGACAGAGGUCAGAGGCUUCACUGACCCUCAGAAGGAGGACUACUUCAGGAAGAGAUUCAGAGAUGUGGAGCAGUCCAGAAGAAUCAUCUCCCACAUGAAGACAUCACGAAGCCUCCACAUCAUGUGUCACAUCCCAGUCUUCUGCUGGAUCACUGCUACAGUUCUGGAGGACGUGUUGGACACCAGAGACACACCAGAGCUGCCAGAGACCCUGACUGAGAUGUACAUCUACUUCCUGGUGGUUCAGAACAAAAUGAAGAAGGUCAAGUAUGAUGGAGGAGCUGAGAUAGAUCCACUGUGGAAUCCAGAGAACAGGAAGAUGAUUGUGUCUCUGGGAAAACUGGCUUUUGAGCAGCUGCAGAAAGGGAACCUGAUCUUCUAUGAAGAGGACCUGACAGAGUGUGGCAUCGAUAUCAGAGCAGCCUCAGUGUACUCAGGAGUCUUCACACAGAUCUUUAAAGAGGAGAGAGGACUCUACCAGGACAAGGUCUUCUGCUUCAUCCAUCUGAGUGUUCAGGAGUUUCUGGCUGCUCUUUAUGUCCAUCUGACCUUCAUCCAGUCUGUAGUCAAUCUGCUGUCAGAAGAACAAACAACAUCCUGGUGGACUAAAAUAUUUAAACCUGAACUAACACGUCUCCAUCAGAGUGCUGUGGACGAGGCCUUAAAGAGUCCAAAUGGACACCUGGACUUGUUCUUGCGCUUCCUUCUGGGUCUUUCCCUGCAGACCAAUCAGACUCUCCUACGAGGCCUGAUGACACAGACAGACAAAAUCUCAGAGACCAAUCAGAAAACAGCUGAAUACAUCAAGAAGAAGCUCGAUGAGAAUCUGUCUGCAGAGAGAAACAUCAAUCUGAUCCACUGUCUGAAUGAACUGAAGGAUCGUUCUCUAGUGGAUCAGAUCCAACAGUCCCUGAGCUCAGGACGUCUCUCUGUAGAACGUCUGUCUCCUUCUCAUUUAUCAGCUCUGAUCUUCAUCUUACUGUCAUCAGAUCAACAUCUGGAUGUGUUUGACCUGAAGAAAUACUCUGCUUCACAUGAGGCUCUUCUGAUGCUGCUGCCAGUGAUCAAAGCAUCUAAAAAAACUUUGUUGUCUGUCUGUAAUCUGUCAGAGAGAAGCUGUGAAGUUCUGUCUUCAGUUCUCAGCUCUCAGUCCUCCAGUCUGACAGAACUGGACCUGAGUAACAACCAGCUGGAGGAUUCAGGAGUGAAGCUGCUGUCUGCUGGACUGGAGAGUCCACACUGUCACCUGGACUUUCUGGCUCCUCCCACUGCUCUUGAACAAGUCUCCUCGUCUCCCCUCCAUUGUCCAGAUGUUACAUCCAGCACCUUCCUGUCUGUCUCCCUCACCACAUCUGCAGGACUUUUCCAGUUGUCUAUAAUCACAUUACCUUCAUCCAGUGCCAAGAGGUUGUCUGGGUGUAAUCUGUCAGAGAGAAGCUGUGAAGUUCUGUCUUCAGUUCUCAGCUCUCAGUCCUCCAGUCUGACAGAACUGGACCUGAGUAACAACGAUCUGCAGGAUUCAGGAGUGAAGCUGCUGUCUGCUGGACUGGAGAGUCCACACUGUCACCUGGAGACUCUCAGGCUGUCAGGCUGUCUGAUCACACAUGAAGGCUGUGCUUCUCUGGCCUCAGCUCUGACCUCCAACCCCUCCCAUCUGAGAGAGCUGGACCUGAGCUACAACCAUCCAGGAGACUCAGUCAAGCUGCUGUCUGCUGGACUGGAGGAUCCACGCUGGACUCUGGACUCUCUCAGGGUGGAUCCUGGUGGAGUCCGAUGGCUGAGACCAGGUCUGAGGAAGUAUUUCUGUGAACUCUCUCUGGAUCCAAACUCAGCGAACAGAAAACUCAAACUGUCCAACAACAACACAAAGGUGGAAGAUGUGGACGAGGAUCAAUCAUAUCCUGAUCAUCCAGACAGAUUUGACCUUUGCCCUCAGGUCCUGAGUACAACUGGUCUGACUGGUCGCUGUUACUGGGAGGUCGAGUGGAGACGAAACCUUUAUAUAUCAGUGACUUACAGAAGAAUCAGAAGGAAAGGAGACAGUUUGGACUGUUGGUUUGGAUCUAAUGAUCAGUCCUGGAGUCUGAACUGCUCUGAUGGUUGUUAUUCUGUCUGUCACAAUAACAGACAAACAGACCUUCCUCUCUCCCCUUCGUCCUCUCAUAGAGUCUCAGUGUUUGUGGACUGUCCUGCUGGCACUCUGUCCUUCUAUGACGUCUCCUCUGACUCUCUGAUCCACAUCCACACCUUCUGCUGCACGUUCACUGAACCUCUGUGUGCUGGGUUUGGGUUCUGGUCUGGUUCUGGUUCCUUAGUGUCUCUGUGUGGACUGUAGGACAGAAGAGAGAAAACUGACCCACCUUUCGUCAAAAAAGUGACAGCUGCCAAUCAAAAUCGACUACGUCACUAAGCCCCCCCCUAUGAUGUCACAGCCAAUCAGAAUCGAUGACGUCACUAUGUC